AUGCUCUUUCACCCUCUUUCACUGACCAGUGGGUGCAUGUUUCCUGGGCAACACUGGGGAGAAUGGAACGACUCCCAGCUCCAUCCGACCAUCCAGAAGCUGAUGAAGGGAUAUAAUAAAUACCUCAGACCCAACUUUAAUGAGGGGCCUGUGGAAAUCGGAAUGAGCCUGGACAUCGCCAGCAUAGAUGCCAUCUCUGAGAUCAAUAUGGACUACACCGCCACCAUCUUCCUGCGGCAGCGGUGGCGGGACAGCCGGUUGGUGUUCCCCGGGAACGGGAACGAGAGCGUGAGCGUCGACGGGCGGCUGGUAUCCCUGCUGUGGAUCCCGGACACCUUCAUCCCGGACUCCAAGCGCUCGUUCCUGCACGACGUCACUGUGGAGAACCGGCUGAUCCGCAUCUUCAGCAACGGCACCGUCCUCUACGCACUCCGCAUCACAGCCACCAUAGCCUGUAACAUGGACCUGACCAAGUACCCCAUGGACAGACAGGUGUGCACCCUGCAGCUGGAGAGCUGGGGAUACAACCUGCAGGACGUGGUGUUCUACUGGACCCGGGGCAAUGAUUCGGUCAAAGGCCUGGACACGCUGAGGUUGGCCCAGUACAGCAUAGAGAGCUACUAUACUUCAGUGUCUGAGGCUGUGUACGAGACAGGAAAUUACCCCAAGCUGGUCCUGCACUUUGCUCUCCGUAGGAACGUCUUGUUCUUCAUCCUGGAGACCUACGUUCCCUCCACCCUGCUGGUGGUUCUCUCCUGGGUAUCCUUCUGGAUCAGCCAGUCCUCGGUUCCGGCCAGGACCUGCAUCGGCGUGACCACCGUCCUCACCAUGACCACGCUGAUGAUGGGCGCUCGCACCUCCCUCCCCAACGCCAACUGCUUCAUCAAGGCCAUCGACGUGUACCUGGGCAUCUGCUUCACCUUCAUCUUCGGCGCCCUGCUGGAGUACGCCUGCGCCCACUUCUGCACCAUGCAGCACCAGACCCUGGAGGAACUGCAACGGGAUCUCCUGAGAGACUUUAGAGAAUCGAACGGAAGCGGAUCCAUCCUCCCGGCACGCUGCAUCCAACCCCAACAGCCGGUGGAGAUCGCCUCAUGCGCUGAUGAGGAAGACGAGAGGGAGGACGGGGGGCGAACUCGCCAUCCUAAAGCAAAGAGCCCUGACGUCGCCUCCCACCAAACAGGGUUAAAGGUCAGGAGGCCAGGCGGUUGCGUGGACGGCCGCUGCAUGUCGUCAGUGAGGCAGGCCUCGCGCACGGUGGCGCACGUCUUCAGCGUGGAGAACCCGCACAAUAUCGACCGCCACUCGCGCUCGGUUUUCCCCCUGGCUUUCCUGUUCGUCAACGUGCUGUACUGGCUUUACUACCUCUGCCUCUGAGAGCGAAGGUCAGCGUUCUUCCUCUUCCUCCCGUCGGGGUCGGGGCUGGAGGCGUGAGCCAGGAAAACAAGGAAGCUCUGUCGUUCAUAACCGGUUUAAGACUCACUUUCUCCAUCAUAUACAGAUCUGCUUUGAGAUUACUUUUUAGUUAUUUAUCCGUCUCGUCUGUACAUAUGUGAUGGUAGCAAAGUUUGGCCUAUCGGGAAUUUGCCAAUUAUUUUCUAUUUUUCACAUAUUUUAAGUUCAUUCGUUGUUCAUGGCAUGAAGGCUCACACACUCAAGGUGCGCUGGUCUUACGGCAUGUCUGCAUUCACACAGCGAACAAAGGACUUGAAUCCAAAUGAAAAAGAAUGUCUCCACUUGUUUAAACUGCAUUAUAUUACCUCAAAUGAACUUGCUUAUAUAAUUCUCAAAAAGCAUAUUUAUCAUUUCAUUACAUUUAGUUUACUUUAUCGUUUCUAUUUCAUUAUUCAAGCCAUGUGAGAGUAAAUGGAAUAAAGAUAAUU